UUAGAACCCCAACGACCUCGACCUCCACGCACCACAAUGGCGUCGACGUCCCUCUCAUUCCGGCCCUUGAGCUGCUGGACGUCACUACUGCGAAAAUCGCCAUCGCCAUUACAGAAAACCAUCGUGAGCUCUCGAGCUCUGACGACGUACUACAAACCCAAACCAAUCGACGCACCCUUCGUCCGUAUGUUGCCCUCCUACCUAUCCAUUUCCAAUGGCUCCCAUACUCAUUCCAAGCAGCCAAAAAGAAGAUCAAAGCCUUCCCCCCACCCUCUUCCUUUCGCGCCCACUGCAAAGAGCCAAUUCAAGCAGUAGUAACAUCUCAAAUCGCCCUCCUCGACCCCACGGGCGACCGCACAACCCUCUUCUCCAAAGCCAACCCCGAAGCGGCGCACGUAGGAGACAUCCUCCUCGUGCGUCUCAAGAACGGCGACCCCUUUGCAGGCGUCUGUAUCAACAUCCGACGUCGCGGCGUCGAUUCUGGCAUUUUACUGCGCAAUGAGUUGACGCGAGUGGGUGUAGAAAUGUGGUUUAAGAUCUAUAGUCCGAACGUGGAGGGAAUUGAGGUGGUGCAGCGCCGUGAGAAGAGGGCGAGACGCGCAAGAUUGACAUAUAUGCGUAAGCCCAAGCAUGAUAUGGGAAGUGUACAGAAUAUUGUGCUGGCGUACCAGAGGUCGAGGGGGGCGCUGCGGGGUGCGGCGGCAGGGGGAGCAGUGGGUCAUGAGAAUAAGGGGGGUAAGAGGAAGGUCAAGGCGAAGGGAAAGAGGUAG